GGCAGUCUACAGGACAUGUUGCUCCCUGGAGAGGCCUGCAGUCAAGGUAGAAGUUGAGGAAUAGCUUCUUUUCAAAAAGCUUCAAAUUCAGCCUAUAGUGGAAUUCUUCAGCAUGGAAGCCAGACAAUACCUCCUUCAAAGUUUGAGCAGGACCAACCUCACAAAAUGCCCAGAAGAUAUAACCACCUGGACAGCAACCACUUCAGUGGGAAAGGACACGUCUAUUUUGCAAUGGAAGAAGCUCUGGGUAUUGGACUUUUCAUUUUGGUGCUGGCAAUUUUACUUGCCUUUGGCUGCUGGUAUUACAAAAGACGUAGUGGCUACAAAAGUCUGCGGAGCAAAAGCUCUAGUGUGAGCACAAUACGGAACGUGGUAGGUGAGCGAGAAAUACUGGACAAAAUGGCUCUGCAGGACUACAGAGACUUUAAUUCUGUGGUACCUGAUGCUCCACCAGCUUAUGACAAAAUUGCGGCAGAUCAGUCACCACCGCCUUAUUCACCAUGAUAACAUGAAAUUUGAAACCAUAAACAUAUUGAUUCCAUUUACUCAUACUCACUCUUUAUUUCCUGUUUAAGCUUAACUUCCCUAAAGCUAAAAUCAUACAAAAGAAAACAACAUGUCUUCAUUAGCAGUUACUGAAAACUAUUCCCGCUUAAUUUACAGAACUGGUCCUUGAAAUGCCUUAAUAAAUCUGAAUGUGCUUUUGUUUUAAGCUUUUUACUUCUUGCAGUCAGAUGAAUACAUUAUGGUCUGGUCAUCUUGAAUCCUUCAUAGGUCUACAUAGAUCUGUAGUCAGACACUAUUCAGUAUCAAUCAGAGUAAAAAGUGACAGCACCUUUGUUUUCAUCUUCCUCAUUUAGUUUCCCUUUCUUUAAAAAAAAUAAUAAAAACCCACAGAAAACCAAAACUACAUCAGACACACACACAAAAAAAGCCACCAAAAAACAAAACCAAAAACCCCAAAAAACUACUCCUCAGAAUGUGAUGUAAAAGAAUCUGUCACAAAAGGAACCAAACUAUUUGACUAGAUGUUCUCUUACAAACUGUUUUCGUCACCGGCAGUUUUAAAAUCAACUUCCUCACCAGCAGCUUUAAAAUCAACUUCCAAAAAGUGACUAUGUUUUACAACACACUUUAACCUCACCUCACUAGUUUAUGUACCUGUAAUGAAUUAAUUCCUUAUAAAACAUGAUCAAUCUA